AUGUCAGCACCUGUUAAGUUUGAUUAUCUCAUUUCAAGAUCGGGUGAUGUUAUAUUUUCUUUUACAGUCGGUACAUUAGCUUAUUUUUUGAAUGAAAGAGAUAAUCCACGAGCACAAAAUGGAAAAACUUUAAAAGACUUGGUCUUACGAGCAAGACAAAAAAAGAUUGACGAAAGAGAAGCUAGACGACAACAGCAACAACUGUAA